AAAGGCAGAGAUACACUCUGUGUGUGUGUCUGUGUGUGUGAUAAAAGAGACUUUUCCCACCUGGCCUUCCAUUUAAGUAAACUUUCUUCUUUCUUUCUGCUCUGCCUCUUUUCAGCCUUUUAAACUUGGGUCUGAAAUGGCAAAAGCAGGAGCAGGAAAAAAGGACUGAUUAAAAGAAACAAGGAUUCCUUGGGGGAGUUUGGAACCUGUGAAAAUGGGGGUGUGAGGUGGCUGGGGGGGGAGUUGUGACGUUCCCCAUGUGAAAGCGAGGGGGUCAGAGUGGCGGUGAGAACACAUUAACUUCUUGGGUGCCCUGUUGCACAAGUUUGGAUCGAGUGAGUGAGCCCAUCCGAUUGAAUCGGGCUUCCAGAUCGAAGUGAGGUCUGGAAAAGGGACUCUGACCUUCAAAGUUGGUUUCUUUUAAUUUUUUUGCUUUUCUGUUGAGAUCCUGUGGGUUUUGGCAUUAACUGACAUGUGAUAGAGAUUUGGAAGAGGAAGGUCACUGGGUAUCAUUGACCUUUCUAGCUCAUGGCUGGAAAUGGGGGGGGGGCAGUUUAGCAAACAAGCUUUUGGAGACCUUCCAGAGGAGGACUGAUGGGUGCAAACUCCAUCCUCCCUGAGAGUGAGUAGGAUGAAGAGGCAGGAUUAGUCCCAAGGUCAGCUCCUUGUUCACCUGUAAAAGCAGGCCGGUCUCCCGUGCGCCCCCACCCCUUCUCAAACCCCUUGCAAGCUGACUGUGAGAACGCACCUCUGAAAGCGGGCCGUGCUCCGCCUUGGAUGGCCUUGUGGCUUGGUGUCUUUGCUUCUAAAAAUGCGACCUUGCUUUUUCUGAGCUGGGGAGGAGGAGCGGGACCCGAGAUGGGGUGGGCUGCCUCUUCCUAGAGUGUCUUGGUGCCCAGAUGGGACUUGGGGGGCUGGCGGGGAGAGAAGUGGGAAGCUCCUGGAGGAAGAAACGGGGUCUUAGGAGGGCACGCUCAGGUGGAAGGCCUGCGAACCUGACUGACGACAAAAGAGAGGAGAAAGGUUCUGGGUGCCAGGGAGGCAGGGAGGGGCACAUGGAGGGGGGGGAGGGCAGGGAGAAAGGUCUGAAUUUUGCACAGGAGCCAAAGAUUCUGAACCAGGAUCCGGUUGAAAAAAAUUGGUCUCGUGCAACAGUAGUUCCCCAUAAGACUCUUGUGGUUCAUCUUUUCUUAAUGGAACUUGUGCCGUGAUUUCCCCAGAAGCCCGCAGGAAGAAGUAACCCAUUUAACAGAUUGAGCGGGUAGUUUUAUUUUGUAUAGUUUUAGUUUCCCUGAAUUUAUCUAGCUAUCACAGCUCCACCAGCUCCCAGCACAGCACGUAGGGCCUGUGUUAACGUGGCUCUCAUAAAUCCAAGGAAUUUGGACGUGCGUGAGCAAAAGUGGCAGAAUUCAGCAGGUUGAAGCACUUGCUUUCCGUUUCUAAAACCCAUGCAAGUUUCUAGACCUUCUGAGUGUCAGAAUCCAAUCAGUCAGGCGUGAAUUUCCAAAUGUAGGAAUGACUUUGCAAGAUCGUGCUGGGAAGGGGGGUGCUUUCUGUACCUUCCCGAAUUCCUUGUCCCACCCGUGAAUCACAGAUUGAGAUCUAAUUGCAGAGCAUGACUAAUUGCAUGCAAAUACACAGGUGUCGCUCGGCGCAUCUGGAGAUCUGCAACUUGGGAGAAACUGGUCUGGAUACUUUGCAUUGGAAUAUAGAAUUGAAAAACCCAGAAACGGGGUUGGGUGUGACACCCCGUGCUGCAGGUUUCCAUCCUGCCUUGAGAUGGAAACCUGCAUGAUCAUUUUUAAAGGCACAGGUAUUUUUUAGGUUGCCUUUAUAGAAAGUAUUCAUGUAUUGUUUGCCAGUUGAGAAACACUGGUUUGAUUGAUGAAAAGUUGAGGAAAUACUCAUUUAAAAAGUAAAAUAAAGUUGUUUUAGGCCCUCAGAUCCCCUCUCUUUGGUGCUGGGAAUAAUGAGAUCCGAAUUGUGGACCGUAUAUAUAAAAAAGACGGGAUAAAAAUCUAAGAAGAAGAAGAAUCUAGGGGCCACCUGGUUGCCAUGCCAGGUGUACAGGUCCUGCUUCCUGUUCUUACUAGGGCAUCCCCAGGAACAUUACAGGCCUUCGAACUCUUCACUGGUGUGCUUGGCACAAUUAUCUUCCUGCAUUAAGUGUCUAGCUUAAUGGGGGUUGGGGUUGGAAGGGAACCUCCCUUGUCGCCUAGAAAAAGUAUUCUGCUCGCCGUAGGAGACCAAUGUUUCCCCGGCUUUGCCUGGCAACUGCCACCUGCCCUGCUCAGUCGUGUAUGGACUGUUCGGUCCUUGGCUGCAGCCAUGGGGAAGAUGCUGUCCAAGAUCUUUGGUAAUAAGGAGAUGAGGAUUUUGAUGCUGGGCUUAGAUGCUGCUGGCAAGACGACCAUCCUGUACAAGCUGAAGCUGGGCCAACCCGUCACCACCAUCCCCACCGUGGGCUUCAACGUGGAGACCGUGACCUACAAGAACGUCAAGUUCAACGUCUGGGACGUCGGGGGGCAGGACAAGAUCCGGCCCCUCUGGAGACACUACUAUACCGGCACCCAAGGGUUGAUCUUUGUGGUGGACUGCGCUGACCGGGAUCGGAUCGAUGAAGGGCGGCAGGAGCUUCACCGUAUCAUCAACGAUCGAGAGAUGAGGGACGCCAUUAUCCUGGUCUUUGCCAACAAGCAGGACCUCCCAGAUGCCAUGAAACCUCACGAGAUCCAGGAGAAACUGGGGCUGACUCGCAUUAGGGACAGGAAUUGGUACGUCCAGCCGUCUUGCGCGACGUCGGGAGAAGGACUCUAUGAAGGGUUAAUGUGGCUUACUUCUAACUACAAAUCAUAAUUCUCGGGCAAUAGGUCUAGUCCGACCGUUUGCGCGCACACGUCCCUAACCAAUGAGUCUUCGAACGUACAUUCCCUUCUGUGUUUUCCCCUCUCUUCAACUCUUCCUCAACCCCUGGCCGAGGUGUAACCAGCAAGGGUUGAGCCCUGGAAGACGCUGUGGGGGUCGCUUCUCCCUCUCAGAAGAUGCCUUGCUUCGUGCUGAUGGAAAAGUGGAGGGGGGGGAGCUUUGGCCCCUAUUAACCAAAAGCAACCUAUGGGCGUUCCUUCUGUACAUUCCCCAGCUCUGUGGUUCUCUGAACUGUGGCGUCUUCCAAGUGAGGGAUUCUAAGCCGAAGGGAAGCACCUUCACGAAGAGCGUUGGCUGGAAGCCAUGUGUGGACUUGGGGUAGUCCCCCUGCCCCCUUUUAAAGGUGAGGAGCCUUGGCGCCUCCAAGGAAGCUGGGUUUGGCUCCCCUGUGGCCUCCUGGAUGUCACCCUCUGCUGCUUUGGCACACGGGUUGGCGGAGUAGGCCAGGCCAGGCCAGGCAGGUGCUGCGUUGGCAAGGCUCGCUCGGUGGUGAUGGGAACUUUUGGUGUUUUGCUUGGCUUCCUCAGGUUGCAUCUUCUGAUGCCUUUGCUGGGAACGCCCAGCCCUUGCCUCGCCUCUUCUCUCUCCUGACCUGUUCCACCUGCUUGGAGGAGACAAGGGCGGGCACGCCUAGCGCCUGACCAAACCCGUUUCCCUGCUCGGGAAGGGAGUGGAAUGGAAGCAGCCGUCCCUGGCUGGUUUCUUCCCCCCAAAUUCCUCCCUGCAGAUCUGUUGAGGGUUCCCCCAUAAAUGCAGGACAUUCCCAACUCAAGAGGUUGGGGUUUAGCUGUUGUCUUCACUGGGGCCUCACAUUCCUUGCCCAACUCUUUCAAGUUUUCCAUGUUUCCUUUCUCUAACGCAGACUCUGUUUCCAUGUGAAACCUUUCUGUUAUGGCCACCUUUGGACCACAUCCCAGGACCAUGAUCAUUAUUAAGCCAACAUGCUGGCCACCCUGUUUUCACAGCUGGCGCCAUGAUUGGCCUCCACCUGGUGAAUCGGAGCAAAAUCCCACCCUUGGAAAUUCAGCUCUCCUAGUUCUAGGGGAGUCUGUGUGUGCAGCUGUGUACACACACACAACACGCAUGUGUGCAGGGCACUUGUUUCUUGAGGACAAAACAUGCUUUUCUGGUUCAGUUCCAAGUGGUGGGUAUGAAUCUUUUUUCUUUUUAAUCUUACUGAUAUGAUCCGUGGGGGAUCCAUAUCCCAUUUCCAGCACCUUAGAUUGUGUGGCCUUCAGCGCAUAGACCAAAGAGGAGUUUUUCGCCAGGGAAGUCCUGUGGGGCUGUAGGUUACCCCACUCUGAUUUCAGCCCUUUCCUGUUGCUAAAAAAAAGUUCCUCCUGCUCGCUCGCUUGCUUCUUAAUCCUAUUUUGUGGGUGAUUGUGAAUAAGCAGGGGCCAAUUUGAGGCGCAGAGUUCCAUCGGGCUGAAUGAGCUCCGUAAGAAAAUCUCUCUUCUUGCUCCUGUUCCUUCUGGCCUCUCCUUUAAGCAGUUUUUAUUCCUCUCCCCCCUUGUAGAAAACCUUCUCUGUUUAAUAUUGGUGCUUCGGAGCUCCUGUUGUCCUUGGACACCCAAACUGGCCCGGGAGGAAUUGGUGAGCGUCUGCCAUGCAGAACGUGAAUGGUGGCAUUGGGGAAAACCGUUCCCCUCCCCACAAGCAAUUUUGUCGCACGGAAGGGGGCUUGCAUCUGCUCUCUUGAUUCCCCCCACCCUUCAUUCACAUCUUCUGUUCCCCCACUCUAGAAACACGCAGCCUCUUGCCCGAGUCCCUGAAACUAAAAUUCCGACCAGCCUUGAAGUCCUUUGGGGGAAGGAAAACUGGGUUGAGAAAUUAGCAAGGAAUUAUUCUCUUUUCUCCUGAGGGCUAAAGGGAUCCAUGGCUGGGCUAACCCAGAGAAAAACCAGAUUGCGCUUUGUCUCCAGUUCCCACUACAGCUUGUGCUCUGGGCGUGAUCUCCUGGAUCAGAUGUGACUCACGCCUGCUUGAGGCGCCUUCUCCACCCCUCCGUUCCAGCGGGGAGAGCCGCUCUGUUGCGCUGAGGCAGCUUAAAUGCUCUUUUCACCAAUCUUCAUUUCCCUCUUGUCGCUCUCUGCUCUCGGCUUAGCUCUUCCUGGAUUUUAAGAAGCGCAUGAGUAAUGCGCACAGGAAUGUCUGUAGGUUAGGGUCAGAAAAGUCAAAGGUGGGGGCCAGAACCAUACGAUCAAAGCUCCACCUGAUUUUUAUGUGUGCCAAUUAAAAAACAAUAUUGAUCAUGCUGUUGUGGCUGCCAUUUUGACCUUUUUGACCAGCAGACACCCCUGAAUACUAGAUUUUUUUUUCAUCCCCCUUCCCAGCAUUUGGAGGGGGCAAGUGGAGAACCCUUAAAACAGCUCUCUGUUCUUUAUUCUUUUUGCUUCUCUGAUCGCUUCCUCCAGUCAACCUGCUUUUUCCAAGCAACUUUUUCACCCUUUGGGUGGAUAUUCCAAAACCUCUUUGCCUGGGCAAUCUGGUACGCUGUUAAUGUUGGGUGCGUGCCCACCACGCACACCGUGCGAGUCCUCCAAAAUGCUUGCAAUGUCAUUGGGAAUUGCUGGGCAGACUUCAGCCCGGAGAAGUUGAUUGGGGAGGGGGCUGCCAUCUCCCUGUCCUUCCCGUCUAGCCGUGGAGUCGACGGGAUUCUCCAAGGCGCCCAGUGAGGCGGGGGGGGGGAUGCUAAUCUAAGGGAAUGGGAAGGGCUUCGCCAAGCUUUAAUUUGGCACCCCAAAUCUGAGCAUAUCACCAUAACGGGUACAUGGCGCACUUCAGCCACACGUUUCUUCAGUGCAGCUUGUCUGAAAACGGGGCUUCCUCCGACCAGAACCAUAGAAUUCCUUCCUUGGCUGGGAACUUUGGGUCUUGUAGUUCUAACCUAUCUGACAGGUUGGGAACGGUUCGGGGUAUAUUAUGAAGGCACUUAAUUCCCACCCCCACCCCAAAAUGUUUAGUGGCCUUUUCAUUGCUGUAUAAUUUUUCCAGUCGCGUUGGAGUCAUUCCCAAAAAUCACUCAUAAAAACCAGACAUGGGGCUGGUGGUGUUUUCUUUUUUUUCUUCUUCUUCUUCUUCUUUCCCUGCCUGGUGGUGGGGAGAGAAUGAUCUGUGGAAAAUAGCUGGUUUUUUUUUUUCUUUUUCUUUUUCUGUGCCUUCAGUAAGGGCUCUCACUUCAAGGAAGAACAAGGUACUUCUGUAACUAAAACUGCAGCUGGUUAACUUGAAUACACUGGUUUGUUUUUGUCUUAAAUAAAAUUAAGGGUGUUUUUUUUUUUU